AAGGAACCAAGUAGUAUGACUCAGCCUGAUGCCAAGCGGGUGAUUAGAUUCGUGUAUUCUAGGGUGCCGAAGAGCAAGGAACCAAGUAGUAUGACUCAGCCUGAUGCCAAGCGGGUGAUUAGAUUCGUGUAUUCUAGGGUGCCGAAGAGCAAGGAACCGAGCAGUGCUGAAGACGGUAGCUCUGUUCCUCCUCCUCCUACUGAUGAAGAUGGUGAUGGCGCCACAUUUGAGGGAAGGAAAAGGCAAGAGAAGCCAAAAGGUGACUACACGUUACAAGAGAUCUAUGCUUCUCUCACGCCGGAGGAAGAAGAAGAAGUAGAUGAAUUUUUAAAUGGUCAAAGUAAAAAGCUUCCAAUAUUUCAUCCAUCGGGCAUAAUCAUUACAAAAGAGAUUGCAGCGUCGUUGAAUGAUGAAAAGUGGUUAAAUGGCGAAAUAAUCAAUCUGUACCUUAUCUUGUUUGAGGAGAGGCAAACAAGACAUCCGGAUAAGUUUUUAAAAUGCCUCUUUGCUGAUACAUAUUUUUUCCCCAUGGUUAGUUGAUUUGGAUGACUAUGCUUGUAGGUAUCAAGUUCAAAUGGUCAAAGCUAACUGCUAGUUUUCUCUCCUGUGCAGGUUGAGCAAGAUAAUGACAGAAUUAAAAGAUAUCUGUUCUACAAAGUUUUAGUGAAAGAA